GACAGACAGACAGACAGAUGAAAAGAAAAAUCAAAUAAAAACCACACAUAAUUCCAUUCCCAUUCAUUCUCAUUCCUUCCUUCCCCAGCCCCACUAUCUCUCUCUCUCUCUCUCUCUCCCUUCCUCUCAUCUUAGUCCAUAAAGCUUUCAUUUUUCAUCCCUUAUCAACAAUAUUAAUCCCACCAUGAUGCCGGAGAACUCGUCGGAAAGUUCCAAUCUUUACCAGCUCCUCGCGGGCGCGGGGCUCAUCGAUGCUGCCGGCCCCUGCGGGUUCCCGGGAGCUUCCGGGGCUGGUUCCAUGCAGGCUGCUGCAGCCGCGAUGGCGCUGCAGCAGAGCUUCUGCAGCUCCUCCUCUAACAACUACUACAACCCGCUCUUUGACGUGUCUUCCUCGGGAGGGUUCUCGGAGAACAACACCAACUCCCCCGAAGACCGGACCCUCGCCGCCCUCAGGAACCACAAGGAGGCCGAGAAGAGGAGAAGGGCUCGCAUUAAUUCCCAUCUCGAUAAGCUCCGCAGCCUUCUUCCCUGCAACUCUAAGACGGACAAAGCUUCGCUUCUUGCAAUGGUGGUCCAGCGCGUGAAGGAGCUGAAACAACAGACCUCGGACAUCUCCGCCCUCGAAAUGCUGCCCUCAGAGACCGACGAGAUCACCGUCCUUUCCUGCGACUACUCGAGCGACGGCAGGCUAAUAUUCAAGGCCUCGCUCUGCUGUGAGGACCGGUCUGAUCUCUUACCCGACCUCGCCGAGAUUCUCAAGUCUCUCAACCUGAAGACUCUCAGAGCAGAGAUGGCGACCCUUGGCGGGAGGGUCCGGAACAUCCUAGUAGUCUCUGCAGACAAGGACCAGAGCGUAGAGUCAGUCCAUUUCUUGCAGAACGCGCUGAAGUCGCUGCUCGAGCGGUCCAACUCUGGCGAGAGAUCAAAAAGAAGACGCGUGCUGGACCGCAAAGUUAUCAUAUGACCAUGCGAUCAAUCAGUGAUCAUCAUAUACAGACGCCGACUAAUCAAGAUCGUUUUUUUAUCCGAUCAAUCAAAUUUUAUAUAUAUAUAUAUAUAUAUGUAUGUAUGUAUAUUUUUAUUGUUAAGAGAGAAGUGGCAUUGAUGAGCUUGGUCUGUUUCUACUUGUCUGGGGUUCCUAAUCUUAGCUAAGUUAUGAUUUUGCUGCAAAGCUUUAUGUCCAGCUUGCUUAUUAUUUACUACUUGCUAGGGUUUGCUUUC